AUGAAUCGAAUCAACAACAGCUUUGAUGGUGGAAUACGCAUGCACACACCACCCAAUUACUACCUCUUCCAAGGAACAAGCAACAUAGGUCAACAUCAUCAGCAACAGCAUCAUGUUCCACCCCAAGACGCAUUGACCACUAGUGCACAUACAACUCAUCACCAUCCAUUGUACGCCACACAGGCAGCCCAUCGACAAGACUCCGCUUCCACAAACAUGUCGUUAGCAUGGCCCCAUACAGCUACAAGUAUCUAUGACCACAGAAGCCCACCUAUGCAAUCUUUUGAUGGCGCUUCUGGAGCGACUGAUUUUGAUGGUAUGAUGGAGAAGGACAUGCAACAAUUUCCUAGCGUCGAUGAAUUUGAAGCCAUUGUGCAAGGAUACCUCGAUAACCUUUCGACGAAGAAAAGGGACAAGGCAUUAGUUGAUGGCCAUCGAUAUUCGUUAAUUGUACGAGUGCUUAAGGAUCCUCGAAACACUGCCAUAUCAACAGCUCAAUUUCGAUUUUGGGUGAAGAAAAUGUUCCAAUUGGUGGCCUUGCCAACAGGUCAAGACAUUGUGUGUCAUGAUAGCAAGCCCGUAGCAAUGCGUGAGGACAUUUACGGGAUCCUCGUAAGGGCACACAAACAAGCAAACCAUGGUGGCAGAGAUAAGACUUCGGCUAUUGUUAGGCGACGCUACUCAUGGAUCCCUAAAGAGCUUAUUGCACGGUUUGUUCGGCAUUGCCCAUAUUGCAUUGCACGUCGCAUAGGCAGCCAAAGCCCACCAAUAGGCCUUUUGCCAAGGACACCACCCGAUGAAGGGGCUGAAGACACAGUUGUAGCAGCUGCUGCAGCCGCUGCUGUUGCUAAUAGCCAUCGUCCACGCCAUGUUGAAAUGCACCAAAACCAUCCACUAGCUGAGUUAUCGUAUUUACCCGUUAACGAUAAGGAUCUUGGCAUCGAUUGUUGGACAACUGCAGCACACCCACCACCAGGUUGCUAUUCACCUACCACAACAUCACCCUCCUCUUCUGUAUCUGGUCCUUCAUCAAUAAGCCAACAACAUCAUCAACAACAACAACAUGCAUUUUCAACAGCCGUAAGCAGCAGCAGUGUCAUGGUCACGCAGCACCAUCAGCAACAGCCAUCGAUGCUCCUGUCGCCAUGUGGCAUCCCAUCUGCAACACUUGACGCACCCCAACACGUGGAUCAUCAUCACCACCCACAACAACAACAACAGCACCCUUCCUUCAAUAUGUGUUAUCAUGCACCACCUCCCCAUUCAACUUCACCAGAGGAUCAAAUUCUCACAUUCUCCUCCACAACAUCAUCAACAUCCCCAACCACUGCCAUUACUCCUCCUCCAGUAUCAGCUUCACGGCACCAUCAUCAACGAUAUGUACAUGACACACCACCCUCUUACUAUUAUGCACCACCACCUCCACCCCCUUCUUAUAUGACAAGCAUGAGGACAGCAAACAAAGGCAACAACAAUGAUGAUGCAGCUGUAGCUGUUGUACCAGUGGAACCCUCCAACCAUUCACCAUCAUCAUCAUCGCGCCAAACUACUGCAAUGUACCAUCCAAAUACAUCAACAACUCAUGUCAUGAUGGGCCAAUCACAUGCACCUCCUCCUUCAUUACGCAACUUUUAA